AUGGGGUGUAGAUGUAGUAAGGUGAAAAAUGGAAGAAGGAAAGAAGAAAUUCAGGAAGACACAGUCAACAGCGACGUUAACAACGAUGUGUUGAAGAUAUAUAGGAGUGAGAAGGGAAGGUCCAAUCAGUAUAGGAGUGAGAAGGGGGAUUGUUCUAAAGAUAGACGGAACAAUGUGUCCAGUAAUACAUCCGCUAAAAGGUGGGUCAGCAAUAGUGAUCCUGAGAAUGAAGAAAUAGACUGCCCCUAUGUCAUCCCGUGUGAUGGUAGUAAGGACGGUUUCCCCUCAAUGGGAUACAUUUCUAGAGAAAGGAGAAAAAACAAACGGGGGGAAGAAGGAACGGGGCACGAAAGGAAGAAUGAACAAGACAGUAUAUCGUCCAAAGGGGCCAAAGUAAAGCAGGAGGCAGGUAACAAAGUCGAAGGUAAGGAAAUCGAAGGGAUUAAGAACAAUGUUGAUAAUAACUCCUUUACGGGAAUCAUAGAAACGAUGAACAGCACACUCAUAAAGAGGGAAUCCACAGCUCGAGGCAGAAAAGAAAAGGGAGAAUCGCCAUCCCAUAUGGAGAAGAAAAACCUGUUUAGAAAAAAAAAAAUUAAAUUUUUGUAUAAAACGAGCAAGGGUAAAAUAUGCACCAACGGAGGGAAGAAGCAAGAUCCAUCUGUUCCUCCAAAUGAAUCCAUCAUCACACAUCGCAUGAAAAAAAAAACAAAGGAAAUUUACAACUGCUUGGGUAGCAAGAAAAAAGAAGAAUUGCUAGUGAGAGCCAUCAGAAAGAAUAAAGAACAGCUCUUGUACUAUCACGAUUUUAGAAGUAUGAUUUUGAGAAAAAAUACUUUCUUGCAUAUUUAUGAAUUUUACAAAUUUAAUUCAAAUGUAUUUAAUUUGUUUUCCCUAAUGCCUAGCCACAUCGCCGAGAAUGUACAUGCGUCCAAAAUUUUGUUCGAAAGUUCCUUAAUAGGGAAUUACAUAAUAUUGCCAUGGAUUGAGAACGAUCCAGAUAUAAAGAAUAAUUCGUAUAUCAAACAUGUGAAACAUAUUUCGGAGAAGAAAAUGAAUAUGGAGAAGGAUGGCACAGAGGACCCUUGUGACAGGGAGGUAAACUUUUGCGGGUUAUUUAAUCACAAUCAUGACCAUAAGGAGAGCGAUGGAAACGGCGAAAAUGGGGAGAACGCCUUCAAUAAUCGAAACGACAAUGUCUAUGCGGACGAAUACGCGCAGAGAUGUAAUUCACCCCACGAUAAGCACACGUCAAAAAAUACUACUAGACGUGUUUUAAAGAAAAAACAACCAUUGUUCAAUGGAAAUACAGAGAGGGACAAGGAGAAAAAGUACGUUAGUAACAGAAACCUCAGCAUGGACAACUUAUUUAAGUUGCACCUUAGAAAGACCUCUACUGCGCGUGUUAAAAGGAAGAAAUGUAUGAAAGAAGUUGUUAGUAUGCAAAAAGAGGGAGCAAAAAAGGGUGCCUUUGAUGAGAAUAACGUGCAAAAUAAAAAAGUCGCCACGAAUAAGGAAAAGUUCAAAAAAACUGAGGAUCCUGAUGAAGGAAAGAGAUCAUCCUUAGAAGGUAGGGAAAGGAAAAAGGACCAAACGAAUAGGCAGAAUGGUGUAACCGUUCAAACGGAAAAUCACACGACAGACCGCCUUAUAAAUAGGGUUGUAAAGGAGAAAGUACAGAAGGGUCAGGGAGAAGGACCCAUUCGAAAUAAUAUCAAUGGCAAGGAAAAUGAACAGACGGAUAAAAGAAAGAGGAAUCAUAAUAGUGCGUUCAGUGCCCCAAUAGCAAGCAAGAAUAAAGAUCAUGUGGAAUCUAUAGGACAUAGAAAAAAGGAAGAAAAGAAAAAAAACGAAAAAAAAAAAAAUACAUAUGAGGAGGAGAAGAAGAAGAAGAAAAAAAGGGGAGAUAGUUCCACACAUGUGAAGAGGGGGAAAAAGGAAGAAGCCGGUCUGCAGUCCGCUCUGUCAAAUAACGUGAUGGUAACGAUGAAUGAAAAGAACAUCGAAUCGAGAGUAGACGUGGACAAAGAAAAGAAGAGGAAGAAAAAAAAAACGGAUGGAAUGAAAUGCAAGAAAACAGUUAGAAUUAACAUGACGGAAAAUCAAGUGAACGGAAUAAAUUGUCAUGUGGGAAUGAAAGAAGACAAGGGAGAAGUACACCACAGGAGUAGCAAUAAUAAUAGACAACACAACGAUGGAGGACACAUCAUCAGGAGAGAAGACCAAGAGGAUUACAUCGCACAUGGAAAGGUUGGAACCACAAAUUGCAACACAAAAGUGAUGAAACGAGUUAAAAGAGAAGUAGAAUGUCAUAAAAUGGUGUAUCAAGACGUAACUCCAGGAAAUAAGGAGCAAAGUAGUAAAGAUGAGAGGGGCCUGCAGAUGGAGAAUCGAAAAUUAAAGUACCAAAUGUGCAUCGGCAAGAACACAAAAAAUGAAAAAGUUGAAGGCGAAAGAAAAAAACAUAUGAUUAGCAACAAAUUAGAAAAGAGAGGAUAUCUAAGAGAAGAGAAAACUGCGCAAGAAAUUUGCGAACAUAAAUAUGGACUAAAUGAAAGUUCGAUAAAGAAAAAUUAUGUAAUGUGCAAAAAAUGUUACAAAAAAAGAUGCAUAUAUCAUUACAUCAAUUGUUUUAAGCUCUACGGAUGGGUAAAUUACAAAUGGACAGAUCCUGAUGGCUAUUUAGAACUAAGUGUAAGACAAAAAAAAAAGUUCGAUUCUUGGAAAAGGCUCUCAGAAUUAUAUAACAACCCCAUUGUUAUGUCAACAGAUUUAUAUAAUAGUUGUAUAAGACAAGGAUUUGUAGCAGAUUGUUCCUUUUUAUCUUCUUUAACUGUUUUGAUUGAAUAUGAGAGAAAGCACAAAGUCCCCGUUCUCUCAAAUAUCAUUUCUCCUUGUACAUCAAAUUAUGCACAUGUGAAUAAGAAUUGGCCAGUUUUUAACCCAUGUGGAAUGUAUAUUUGUAGAUUACACUGUAAUGGAAUUCAGAGAAAAAUUAUCAUUGAUGAUUAUGUACCUGUGAAGACGAAUAAUUCUUUGCUAGUAGCUUAUUCCAAUAAUCAGAAGGAGCUUUGGGUUACUUUGCUUGAAAAAGCCUUCGUGAAAUUGAUGGGUGGUUCCUACUCUAUGUAUGGAUCCAACCCCGGCUCCGAUUUGUAUUACCUAACUGGCUGGAUCCCCGUGACAAUUUCGUUGAAGUCGAAGAUAAGUAGCUCUCCUCCGUCCUUGGACCGUUUAACGGCUCACACCGCGGUCAAUGAGGUAUGUUCAUCUGCUUUGGAUGCUUCUUAUGGAUCCGCCAUGGGGAUGCACUCUCCAAGGAAGAAGUCCAAAUUGGGGUUCACUGUUGUACGGGAUGGGAAGCGGAAGAAAGCUUAUGCACAUGAAAAAAGUUUGAAAAAGGGGGAGAGAAAAAAUGUGAUAAAUCGGAAAAAGAGCCCUUACCAGUAUGUUCAAAGCGACAAAAAUGGAACGACACCAUGUUCAGGUGGACAAUUGUACACGAAAAGGGGAAGAAGGCACCAGCCAUAUGACUUCCUUGUUGGAGUCAAUUUAUGCAUCCAUCGAUUGGGCACAAGUAGGAACUGGCACCCAGCGCGUGCUGAUUGGUCAAAGUAUGAAAAGUUGAAGAUGUAUUGGACUCUGCGCCAUUUGUAUGCAACGGAGGAAAGAUGGAAAGGGAAGGAAAAGCCGCGCAAGGCAAAGAUAGGACCCAAAUGUACUGUUAAAAAGGUAAACAAUGCCGAUGGAACGGCAACCAAGGAGACAGAGAAAAAAAGAACCUCUAUGGACGGAAAUCCACUUUGUGUCAUCUUCCCGAAAAUGAAGAAAAUCCCACACUGUGUAAGAAACGGAAACGAUGUAAAGGAUAUAUUGAAUGAAGUUAUGACAGAUCGCGAAGUUAAAAUGAGACAUACGCAUCAAUUUCUGUGCGAAGCAGUGAGUAACAUGGACCUGUCUUCCUAUGUGUGCGGGUCCAUUGAUCAGUACAGUUAUUUAAAUCAGAAAGGGGAAAGCUCCGUUUUGGUAGAUGAGGAGUAUGAAGAAUAUGAUGAGAAGUGGGACAUCAUAUGGAAUAAUAUUUACGAAGGAAUAAAAAAAGGAAAAUGUGUUGUUUGUUUAGGUACCCUAGAAUUAAAGGACGCCGCACCGUCAGGGUUGGACUAUCCAGAAGGGGUUUCCCUCUCAACUGGAAUUGUAACGAGACACGCCUACUCUAUUUUAAACAUUGAAACGUAUAACGGGGAUAAACUGCUCUAUAUAAAGAACCCAUGGGGAUGCAUCCGUUGGAAAGGGAAGUAUUCUCAUCAUGACGAAGCAACUUGGACAAAGGAAGUGCAGAAGAAGUUAAAUUAUUCUCUUGAGAAAGCUAAAGGGAAAGACGAUGGUUGUUUUUGGAUUCCAUGGAAAGAUGUAGUGAAAUAUUUUUCGCACAUAUAUAUUUGUUGGAAUAGUGUUAUCUUUCCAUAUCAGUUUGAAAUUCACACAAAAUGGGAAAACAGCACGUACUUGAGUAGCUCCAUUUUGCAAGACGACACUCACCUCGUUGCUUACAACCCUCAGUUUGCUCUACAUGUAAAUGUGAAGAAACAAGAUCUGUCCGAAGAUGGUUUACGCUAUAUAGGAAAAAAACCGAUAGAAAUAUGGAUUCUUCUAUCCAAGCAUGUGAGGGAGAGAAAAGUAGACGCUUCACAGAAGUAUCUAGCGCUCCAUAUCCAUUCAGGAAAGGAUAGAAUUGUUUGUCCUUUAUUUCCUAUUAAGCAAGGAAUAUACUCCAAUGGGGAAUGUACCUUCACCAAAUUGGUAAUCGGAGGUGAAGAUGAAUGUAUAAAUAACUACCUUAUGAAGAAGAGCUCAUCCAGAAAGGACCCUUGUGAUACCUUCCAGAGUGGUCACCCAAAUAAUGUGACAGGAGGAAACAUACAAAACAGCAAUGAUAACGGAAACAUGAACGGGAACGCAUCAGGAGAGGGUCAGCAAGAAAUUUUAAGGAUCGUCGAUUUUGUCUUAAUAGUUUCACAAUACUCACAGAAAGAAGAAUUUAAUUUCACGUUAAAGGUAUUUAGUCAUACGCAUUUAUCCAUAUAUGAGUUACCACCAAUGCUACCAGAGAAUUACGAUUCUCUAUAUUUCAAAGGACAGUGGACAAGUAAAUGUGCAGGAGGGUGUUCGAACAAUUUGUGGUCAUACUUUAGAAAUCCUCACAUACGUUUUUAUGUGCCCGAAGAUUGCACAUUUUUUAUUUUCCUUGAAUGCUCACAAGAACAUUCAGUUAAUUUGAGAAUAUUCAAAGGGAUGACAUCAUCCCCGAGGAGUUUAAAGAAAGGAGAAAUUAUAUCGAGUGGAGCAUACAAAGCUGGAUGUUGCUAUAUUGAAUGUAAACUAGAGAGUGGGAUUUAUUGCCUGAUUCCAUCUUUAUAUAGAGCCAACGUUACAGGAGAUUAUCAAAUAUGUAUUCAUUACCCUAAGCAGAAAGAGAAACCAGUCCUCCAUUUUAUUCCGUACUCAUAUAUCGUUCCUCCACUUUCCUUUUUUAAAUACCAAUUAGUACAUUUAUACUCUUUAAAAAAUUAUUCUAUCAUUUUGUUCCACUCCACAUGUGUCACGCUGCUCUCUCUUAGAAUUACCUUCUUUGAACAUAUGAAAAUUAAGGGCAUUCCAUUUGUUAAUAUUUACAAGCUUGUCGGUAGUACAGAUUCAUAUGCGAACGAUUUGGAGACUGGAAAUGUCAUGAAGAAUAAUUUAUUUAACUCCUACAUUUCGCAUAAUAGAUAUGUAUACAAGAUUGUUCAGAAGUGCAAUAUCCAUGGUGGACCAGGGUAUGACAUACUCCCCCUUUCUACUUGUGCAUACGAUUACUACAUCAAAUUUAACUCUGUAUUGAUUCCGUUGGUGCAGGUGGAGAAUGAGCAUACUUCCUACUUACUUCUCAUCACCACCAAUAUAAAGGAGGAUAUUCUUUACAACCAUGAGGUGCACUUUGUGUCAGAGAAGCAGCUCUCAGUGGAUUCAUGUUACCCUGUGCAGGCUUAG